AUGCGCGACGACCGCACACGACGGGCAACCGAGGUUUCGCAACCACCGAUUGUCGUGGCGUGCGUCGCCGAGGACUUGGCAUUUAUGCCAACCGCGCGACGAGGCGCACGGGAGGCCAUCAUCCGCCCCCCGCAAUCCCGAAGGAGUAGAUGGGGGGGGCAACGACGUGUGACGCCCAGGCAGGCGUGCCCUCGGCCUAAUGGCUUCGGGCGCAACUUGCGUUCAAAGACUCGAUGGUUCACGGGAUUCUGCAAUUCACACCAAGUAUCGCAUUUCGCUACGUUCUUCAUCGAUGCGAGAGCCGAGAUAUCCGUUGCCGAGAGUCGUUUUGACAUAUUUGAAGAUGACGACGACACCCGCGCACACCGUUUCCGGGGCGACGGGGACGCGCUCUCUCGUUCAAGUUCCUUGGCGCAAUUCGCGCCGGUGUUCGUUUGUACGCCCGGAAGGGUAUGA